GAAUCACCCACCACACACGGACCGAGCAGCGUGUUAACAGGCAGCUGGAGCAGCGAAGGGAGGACGUUAUGGACAGCAGAGGAUUGGAGUAUACGACGUGGGAAGAAAUAGACAGGUGGGCGGCCGACCCAGAGAGAGUGCCGGAGCCCGCCUGGGAUUCGCUGGAGCAGUGCGAAGAGGGCUAUAGGAUAAUGGAGUCGAAAAGAGUGACACGGCGGCGCAGAGCGAAACCAGAAAAUCAGCCCCAAAAAUUUCUUGGGGGGGGGCUCAGAGGGAGAGUGGCUGAGUCAGGAGACAGACCUGAGCCAACUCUCCCUGUUUAUCGUGAGGAGCAAAGGAGGAGACCAGAACCGGUGUUGGAGGUGAAAUCCUAGACAGAAACCUGAACGAAGUGCACGAGAACUUACUUAUCCUUCUUUUAUCUGCCCAACCAAGAAAUAGCCAUCCUACUUUCUAUACUGAGACCAGAUGGAGCCCAUGUCAGUAUCUCCAAAUGGGAGCACGGAGACAGUGGAGGAUGGUCAUACAGCCUCCCUAGAGGGGGCGCUGAUACACAAGGGCCUGAGGCGCAAGAGAGAAUUCAUUCCAGAGGAGAAGAAGGACUUCACAUACUGGGAGAAGCGUCGCAAGAACAACGAGGCGGCCAAGCGCUCGAGGGAGAAGAGGAGGGUAAACGAUUAUGUGCUGGAGAGCCGCCUGGCAGCCAUGAACAAAGAGAACGCCCGGUUGAACACAGAACUGCUGGCCCUCAAACUCCACUUUGGCCUGGUGAGCCCUGCGGGCUAUGCUGCCCACCAGAGCAGCCUGCUACGGCUCCACCAUGCCCAUACCCACAGCCCUCAUUCUCCGCCACCCAGCAGCCCAACCCAGCCCCUGGACAAGGACGUCUACUGGGGUAGGAGGCCCAGCUACAGAGACCCCUCUACUUUGCCAAAUUACCACCACCUACCCCCUGUCCUGACUGGACAACUGGCUCCUGCCAUGAUCAAUCCACAUGCUCUACCAACUAGAAGGGCCUAUCCAUACUUCUUCGAAAUCCCUGGUGUUGUCCACCCUGCAAACUCAUCCUCCCUUCUCCUGCCCCCGCUUCUCCCCUCUCCCCUAUUGUCCUGGACGGGGGUUCCCCUGCUGAGGCCCACCCCUAGGAGAGGGGGUUCAGAUGAGGAGGGAGAACAGCAGGUCCCAGCAGCCUCCUCCAGUGCUGCAUUACCGCACAAGCUGAGGCUGAAGACCAUCAGAGCUCCUACUGUCCACAGGGAUGUCAGAGACAGGGCUUCCCCCCCGCUCCCGCUCUAUGUAUCUGACUGACUGACCACAUAGCACAUGACACAGCAGCACAGAGCAGACCAACCACAGCACUGAGAACAUGAAGGAUCCAUGCAUAUUUUUAGAUUGGUCUAGUUAGUCUAGCCAGCCAUCUAAACUUGUAGUAAUCAUGGCCGAAUUACCAAUCGAAAACGCAGGGCACGUGCCCAGCUGCCCUGACAUCCACAGAGCCCCCAUUGAUUUUGUUAGUCACUCUCACUCAGAUAUCAUAUUAACCUGGCAAAAGUCAUGGCAAAAUGUGCAGAAUUGCACAAAAUGUCUCCCCACCCAAGGGCAAAAUGUGUAGAAUUGCAGGAAAUUGUCUGUAAAACUGAAGAGAAAAUGUGUCCUGUAAAGCAAACUUAACUGUUUACCUUUGUUAAUAAAAUACUUUUCUGCUAACA